UUCGUGACCACGUACAUACAACCUGUCGCCGCAGCUUCAUAAAUAUUAAACAACCAUCAAUUGAUUAAUAAAUGACGAGUAGGAGUUAUUCAACGAAUUGGACAAAUUUUCGUCAGAAAUGCGGCGUUCGCAAGGUUACAAUUAUGAACCCCUGCCGAGCACUUCCAGAGACGUCCUGGAAGAGGAGAACGAGCAGAUGGCGGAUGAACUGAAAAACAAGAUUCACGUGUUAAAAGCUUUGUCUAUUGACAUCGGAACGGAAGUUAAAUACCAGGAUAAGAUGCUCAGGGAAAUGGACGAAGACUUUGAGAGAACAGGUGGAUUUCUCUCCUCAUCCGUCGCAAGAGUCUUAAGGAUGGCAAAGUCUGGACACAAUUACUACAUUCUCUAUUUAUUCCUAUUCUCUGUUGCUGUGUUUUUCAUGCUUUGGAUUGUCUUAAAGUUUAAAUGAAAGUGGUGAAGAGAAAA